AAACACAACUUCAUCUCUAAAUUCUAAACACCAAAACACUUUUCCUUUAUUUCCAAAAGCUCCAAAAUGGCUUCUUCUUCUUCCCAUAAUGAUGAUGUUGAUGAUAUACUUGAUGAAUGUUUUAAUCAAACAUGCGAUCAAAUCAUCAAUAAUGUAUGGCAAAAUCUUCUUACUCCACCAAUCCAAAGUCAACCACCACCUAAACCAAGAAAAAAGUAAAUUCACAUUGAGAGAAAUUGAGAAGUCGGUCAUGACCACUUGUGGAAUGAUUAUUUCAGUGAUGCUCCUACUUACCCUACCAACAUUUUCCGUCGCCGUUUUAGAAUGAACAAGCCAUUAUUCAUGGGUAUUGUCGAUAAGCUUGCAAAUGAAGUCCCCUAUUUUCAACAAAGAAGAGAUGCUACCGGAAGGUUGGGUAUGUCUACAUUGCAGAAGUGUACAGCAGCAAUUCGUAUGAUGACAUAUGGUUCUGCAGCUGAUGCGUUUGAUGAAUACCUCCGACUUUCUCCAAACGUGGCGCUAGCAUGUUUGGACAAAUUUACAGAUUCAGUCGUAAAUUUAUUUGGAGAUGAGUACUUGAGAAGACCCACACCAGCAGAUCUUCAAAGACUACUUGACGUUGGCGAGUAUCGCGGAUUUCCCGGCAUGAUAGGAAGCAUCGAUUGUAUGCAUUGGGAGUGGAAGAAUUGUCCUACCGCAUGGAAAGGUCAAUACACCCGCGGAACAGGAAAGCCCACAAUUGUUUUAGAGGCGGUGGCUUCGUAUGAUCUCUGGAUCUGGCAUGCUUUCUUUGGACUACCAGAUGGUAUUUAUCCAAAAUGGGCUACUUUUAUCCAAUCUAUUCCACUGCCACAAACUCCAAAAGACGCUUUAUUUGCGAGACAACAAGAAGCUGUGCGUAAAGAUGUAGAGCGUGCUUUUGGAGUUUUGUAGGCUCGAUUUGCCAUAGUCAAAAACCCGGCUCUUAUUUGGGAUAUAGUAAAAAUUGGGAAAAUAAUGAGAGCGUGUAUCAUACUGCAUAAUAUGAUAGUAGAGGACCAACGAAAUGGGUACAAUCUGUUUGAUCAAACUGAAUUCGCACAAAGGGAGUCAAGUGCUUCAGAAGUUGACUACACGCUUCCAACACCCAUGCCUUCAUGUGUCGCUACUAUGCUCAAGAAUCGAAAGGAUGUUCGUGAUAAAGAAAAAAAUAAAUGCUUGCAAGAUGAUUUGAUUGAGAAUAUUUGGGCAAAAUUUGGAGCAAAUCAGUA